AUGCAACCUACGGUGGUCGGGGGGGCGGUACAAGGGGAAGGGGCGAGACUGAGAGCCAAGCUUGACUGGGAUCUCGCGAACCAUGCCAGCAGGGAGGGAGAGGCGUCGCUAAAGGCAUGCGUGGAGGCGUGCAGAGAUCUGACCCGUCGGGUAGAAUCGGGCACGGAGCUUGCUGGGCUGCAGGCAAGGCGCACCGCGCUCAAGAAGGAAGCCAGCGAGUGCACCGAGCGUCUCGCGGAGAGCCAGAGGAAGGCGGCGGGCGCGCGGCAGAAACUUGAGUGGGCGGACUCAGAGAAGGGCAGGCUGGAGAAGGAGGCCGAGUCGAUGGGUCAACAGCCAGGGAAACAAGCCAACCCGGAGGAAGUGGUCUCGGCGAUGAGGAAAGCGUUGGAGGGUAGGCAGGAGGACCUAGACAACACCAAGGCGGCGUGCGCGCAGAUGGACAAGGAGAUUGAAUCCCUUGCGGAAGCCAGCAUGGAAGCCCUCGAGCGGGAGAACAACGCGAAGGAGGCGUUGGGCAUGCACCCCACUGCCACCGCUUACAAUGACGACGGCACCGGGGGCGUCGGACUCGACGACGACGAGGAGGGAGAGGACGGGAGGGAGGAGCGCAUGAUGGUCCAAGGGAGGAGCGGCGACGGCAGUAGUCGUGGUGCCGGCGGGGGUAGCGGCGGUAGCGGAGCUGCCGGUUCUUCCUGCUGCCGUUACGGGGGAGGGGUGGAAGAGGAAGAAGCGGUGGCGACGGCGGGUGUUCGCGACCGGCUGUCGUCGAUGAAACGCGCUCUCGAGAGAAAGGUCUCCCGCGUGGAAGAGCUGGAGCGACGUCGUGACGAGCUGACCGCACGCCUCAAAGAGGCUAACGCAAGGGAAGAGGGGGCCGGGGAGAGGGCCUCCAAGUUGGAGGAAGAGAUUGCUGACGCCAAGACGACUGCGGCAGACACGGGGGCCCGCCUGAAGGCGAAGCGCAAGAGCUUGAAGGAGUCGGAGCGCCGCGUGUGCCAGGCAGCAGCGAGACUGGGAGGAGAGGACCUUGCCGGACCGGACGGCACCGUCAGCGGCGGCAGUUGUAACGGCGGCGGCGAAGGCGGCGGCAGUGCCGACCUCCCCGAAGCGUCGUCUUUUGGCCCCGCGGUGAGGCAAGGCGCGUCGUCAGCGGCGAUUACCCCGACCACGGUGGCGGCGGCAGCAGGAGGGGUGACGAACUGGGAGGGCAUUGACGAAGCGCGGAGCAAUGACAAGGAGAAUUUUCCGGCCCAGCUGUCCGAAGCGGAGCUGCUAGGCAAGAAGCACCAACUAGCGGCGAAGCAAAAGCUGCUCUCAACCGAGCUGAGAGGCCUCCGUCACCAGUCGGGCCAACACCAGCAGCACCAGCACCAGGAGGAGGGGCGUCCGGCGAGCGGGAGCGGGGCCGCGGCGGCGGCGGUGGUGGUGGUGGCCGGCAGCGUGGACGAGGUCACCGUGUCGAAGAGGAGGGCCAAGGUCGGCAUGUUGAAGCAACAGCUGAGGAGUGUCCUGGAAGGCACGCGUCAGCUAGAGGCAGGAGUGGUCGCUUGCGAAGGCCGCAUGCACGAAGCAAACGAGGCUUGCUACGCUUCCGUUCGGGGGGAGCUACGGUCCCUGUUCGGCGCGCUCUGCCACAACAAGAGCGCCGAUCUCGUCAUGGCCGGGCCGAAGCUCGAGGACGGGAUACGCCUAGUGGUCCGGAACGGCAACACUCAAGCAGUCGCCGCCGCAACUAUUACUACCACAACGCCGUCAUCGGCUGUGCCGGCUGUGGUAGAGCGUGCCCCACAGGAGUUGAGCGGAGGCCAGCAGGCGUUGCUGGGGCUAGCGCUCGUGUUGGCCCUGUCGUCGUAUCAGGCGCCGCCGCUGUGCCUCCUCGACGAGGUGGACGCUGCCUUGGACGAGACCAAUCAGGCGGCCGCGGCGCGCCUGGUGGCGCUGACCUUCCGGGAAGGGCAGGCGUUGUGCGUGUCUCACCACGCCGAUUUCCACCGACAGAGUGGCCACUGCGUCGCCGUAGAGAUGCGUGAUGGAGUUUCCAGGGUGCAGACGCCAUAGACAGAAAUAGACUUAGUGCGUCGUUCGUUCGGUUGAGUAUUGGGAAAAAACACACUGCUGUAUGCAGUCUACCCACACGUGACGUGCGAUUCGUUGGAAGUGAAAACGAAAACUGCAGGAAGGAGGAAAGGGAACGAAAAAAGAAAUAGUCUUUGUCGGCUUACUCCCAGCAGCACGUGAGGAAACUUACUUGUCUUGUUCCUGCCUGUCGGUAGAAAUAGACUGCGCAUACAUGUGAAGCAAGCAAGGUGCUCUAGACUGGUUGACACAUGUAGAUAUCGAUCGGGGGAAAAGGCACUUUGGGUGUCAAUUUGAUGGGACGAGUCGGUCGCGUUUUCUUUACACUUCGCGCGAAGGCGCGCAUUUUUGUUGCGGAGUGUUCACGGCGGAGUACAUGGGAGGUCGUUGUCAUAGCUGACUACUGCUUGUAUGUUCGAGAGCACACCGCGCGCUCACGUUGUUUGACGUUGGUCGUGCCCAUGAAAAAAAUUUAGUUGGUAUGGUUCCAGCCGUGUAGAA